AUGUUCAAGCUUCUGUGCCUGUGUGCCAUUGUGGUCGUUGUGGCCGGUAACCCACCGAGAGGCACAAAUUGGCCAGCCUCCGGACCGGUUCCAGUGCGAAACAUCGAGAAGCGGGAAAUCCCAGGCCCAUUCCAUAUCGAGCUAAAUCGUGGCAACGAGAACGAGCCCAUCCGGGCUAUGGAGGGUCAGGAUGAUAUGGAUAAGGCCGAAACGUUCGGGUUCGGAUACCAUCACUACUAUGCAUAUCCAAGAUACUACUAUCCGAGUUACUACUAUAGCUAUUAUCCAUACUACGGCUACUACUGGUAG